GAAAAUUGGCUUAGCUAUAUUAAUAUUGCUAGAGAUAAAGGGCUACUACUGCUUUUAUUAUGGUAAAAGACUUAUUUACCAUCCUGAUAGAAUGUUUCUAAUCUGUGUGCAUCUAAUUACAUAGCCUCAAAAUAUGUAAAAUAAAAAUUGAUAGAACUACAAGGAAAAUUCACUGUCAUAGUAUAAAUUUUAGCACAACUUUAGUUUUUUAUGAAUAAAAAACUAGUAAGGGUGUAGUGCCUUCAACAGAGCUUUCUGAGAUGAUGGAAAUAUUCUCUGCCCUGUUCAGUGAAGUAGGAACAAAGUGCAUGUGGCUGUCGAGCACUUGCAAUGUAGCUCAGUGGCUGGGGAACUGAAGAACUCAGUUUUUAAUUAAUUUUAAUUAAUUUACAUUUUAGCAUCUGCAUGUUUCUGGUGGCUGUUACUGUAGGGUAGAGGAGUUAGAAAAAGCGAGGUUCAGAAAAAGAACAAGACCAGCACUUUACAGGAACAGAUCACCUUUAAAGAGGCGAGAAGGGGCAGCAGUCAGAUGAGUGAGCGGCUGCACUAUCCCAAGGAAAGCCACAGGAGGAAGCACCGCUCCAGCCCUCUGACUUCCUCCACGCCGCCCCCACAAGCAACAGAGAAAAGCUCCUACCUGGAGACCACAGAGAUCUCACUCUGGACCGUGGUGGCCGCCAUCCAGGCCGUGGAGAAGAAGGUGGAGUCCCAGGCCGCCCGCCUGCUGACUCUGGAGGGGCGGACAGGGACGGCCGAGAAGAAGCUGGCUGACUGUGAGAAGACGGCCGUGGAGUUCGGGAACCAGCUGGAGGGCAAGUGGGCCGUGCUGGGGACCCUGCUUCAGGAGUACGGGCUGCUGCAGAGGCGGCUGGAGAACGUGGAGAACCUGCUGAGGAACAGGAACUUCUGGAUCCUGCGGCUGCCCCCCGGCAGCAAGGGCGAGGCCCCCAAGGUGUCCAGGUCACUUGAAAAUGAUGGAGUCUGCUUUUCGGAGCAGGAGUGGGAAAACCUGGAGGACUGGCAGAAGGAGCUCUAUGCCAAUGUGAUGAAGAGCAACUAUGAGACUCUGGUCUCUCUGAAACCGAGGCCUGUGGAGGCUUGUCCAGAAGGCCAGUGUGACCGGAGCGGAGGGAGGGAGACGGAAGGGGAAGAUGGUCAGAGAGGAGACGAGGUGCUCGGCCAGCCCGAAGGAGACAUGGAGUUGGGUGCAGAGAUGCCGGGUGACUUAGAGGAGGAAGAGUCUCAUGGUGGCCACCCAGCAGUGGAGGAGGUCGUGGUCAAGCAGGAGACGCAGUACACGCAGGACAGCUCCGCGGACCUUCCCGGAGAGUGCUCGGGCUUUGCCGAUGAGCAGGCUCUCCUGAGUCCGGAGCAGGCUGAGCUCUGGGAUGGGCAGGGCAGGUCCAUUCUCUUGGAAUCAGGUCCCGGGGACACUCGUCUGGAGGAGCCCACCGAGGGCGGGAGAGACCUUGGCAGUGGCAGAACUCUGGGCUGCCCCCCGAAGCGCAAGUGUCAUAAGCAGCUGCAGCCGGGUCGGGAGUGUGGGCAAGGCCUGCAACUGAGAAGGGACAGCGCUGGCCCCUGCGGAUGUCCCGAGUGCGAGGCCUCACACCCGCAGACCCCCUCAGAGCCAGAGGCGAGGCCCCGGCCCCAGCUGAAGCCCCCAGCCCGGAAGGUGCAGCCACUCCAGUGCGACGCGUGCGCGAGGAGCUUCCGCUGCCGGGUGAGCCUGCUGACCCACCAGCGCUGCCACCUGCAGGAGGCCGCCCGGGCCGGCCGCCCGGCCCAGGAGCGGUUCUCACCCAACAGCCUGGUUGCCCUGCCCGGCCACAUCCCCUGGAGGAGGAGCCGGGGCUCCCUCCUCUGCGGCUACUGCGGCAAGAGCUUCAGCCACCCAUCGGACCUGGUGCGGCACCAGCGCAUCCACACGGGCGAGCGGCCCUACAGCUGCCCGGAGUGUGAGAAGAGCUUCGUGCAGAAGCAGCACCUCCUGCAGCACCAGAAGAUCCACCAGCGGGAGCGGGGCGGGCUGGCCCUGCAGCCUGCCAGGCCCAGCGGCCUGCUCUAGGGGUGCCAGCCCCUCACCCGGCGGAGGGCGGGUGGGGGGAGCUGGCACUGUCCCCCAACAGACACUGCAGGGUCGGAGACUAACUUCUCCGAGGGGGCUCUCUCUGGUUUGCUUUCCGUGGCCAGGCGCUGGGCCGAGCCCAGAGGCUGUCCUGACAGCCGGGGGAGGCGGGGAGCCUGGGCCAGGCCUCUCCUGCCAUCUCUGGUUUCCCGUCCGAGCAGAAAGUGACAGGCUGGGUGGGGCUGUCUGACCCUGCUGGCCGGGGGCCUCUCCCAGCCUCUGGGUCUUCCCAGGGGUUGAGUCUGAGUCAGAGGAGUGAGCGGGCGUGUGGAUGCACAGCCUCGUGGGUCCUCCUCUUCUGUGGUCUCCUGGUUCCGGACAAGUAGAGGAGAUAAUUAAAGGGAACUGCUUACCCUGC